AUGGAAGAGGCAAUAUAUAAAGUUUCAACAGUUCAUUACAUUAUACAGGGAGAUGGUAGUCCACUUGUUAGCAUUAACUUACGAGAUGAACUGCAGGAAUUCGAAGCUCAGGGUACAAUUCGCGCAGUAUCUUCACAAUUUCUGAACAGUGUGCAACACUCUCCACCACACAGUAUCUUCCAUUUGCCGAAGGAUUCUCAAAUGCCAGAAUAUGCGCAUUUGCAACAUCUUUUACGUUCACCCAUUCGAAUGUAUGGUUUGGAUAUGCUUCUGCACCUGCACAUGCCAAGAAUAGGGUCGGACCACCAAGUCUCGUCAACAACAACUUCAGGAGUUCGAGGAUUGCCAUUGGCGAAAACGGCAACUACUGAUGAAGUCAAAACGACCCUUUUGACUGACGGUGUUUUCGCACAUGAUCGGAGCACAUUCAGAGUCCCCUUCAGGGCAGGAUCAAUCAAAUCUGCCUGA